GUUUCUAGACUCGUCUAGGGCGAGCAACGAAACAUCUGGCGUCAUAAGACGCUCCAGAAAGUUCGGUCCCAGACCGCCUUAUAAAGGACCAGCCGUCUUCCUCCGAGGCACUAUUGAAGCAGGACGCUUACUGAAAGUUACUACAGAUCCUGCCACGAAGAUGGUUAAAGAGACAGGUUUCUAUGACACUUUAGGUGUGAACCCUAAAGCCACGCCAGAUGAGAUUAAAAAAGCAUACCGAAAACUGGCACUGAAAUAUCACCCGGACAAGAACCCGAAUGAAGGAGAGAAGUUCAAGCUGAUAUCUCAGGCCUAUGAGGUUCUGUCAGAGCCCAAGAAGAGGGACCUCUACGACCAGGGUGGAGAGCAGGCUAUCAAGGAUGGGGGCAUGGGAGGAGGAGGUUCCCCUAUGGACAUAUUCAACAUGUUCUUUGGAGGCGGAGGCAGAAUGCCUCAGAGGGAUAGGAGAGGUAAGAACGUGGUCCAUCAGCUCACCGUGACUCUGGAGGAGAUGUACAAUGGAACCAAGAGGAAAUUGGCCCUGCAGAAAAACGUAAUCUGUGGAAAAUGUGAAGGGUACGGUGGUAAGAAGGGCGCCUUGCAGACGUGUGGUUCAUGUAAAGGCAGAGGAGUGGAGAUCAAGGUGCAGCAGAUCGGGCCAGGAAUGAUACAGCAGAUCCAGACCAUGUGUGCAGAGUGCCAGGGAGAGGGCGAACGCUUCAACUCUAAAGACCGAUGCAAGACCUGCAACGGACACAAAGUAGAACGCAAGAAGAAGAUUCUAGAGGUUCACAUUGACAAAGGUAUGAAGGGGGGUCAGAAGAUACCAUUCCACGGGGAGGGCGACCAGGAGCCUGGUCUGGAACCAGGUGACGUGGUGAUCGUGCUGGACCAGCAGGACCACCCAGUGUACCAGAGGCAGGAGGACGACCUGCACAUGAAGAUGAACAUCAAACUGGUUGAGGCCCUCUGUGGCUUCAAGAAGACCAUCCGUACGCUAGAUGGCAGGGUGCUCAUCAUCACCUCUUCACCAGGUAAAGUAGUGAAGGCCAACGAUGUGAGGUGUGUCCAUAAUGAAGGCAUGCCCAUCCACAAAGACCCUUACGACAGAGGACAGCUCAUCAUUCAAUUCCAGGUGGAGUUCCCAGAUAAACACUGGCUGCCAGAGCACCUCCUCCCCCAGCUGGAGGCCCUCCUCCCCCCCAGAGACGAGCAGCUGAUCUCAGACGACAUGGAGGAGGUAGACCUGAAGGAGAUGGAUCGCAGCGACUCUCAACAGAAGAGCGGCAGCAGUGGAGGAGGGAAGCCAAGCUUUGAGGAUAUUGACGAUGAUGAGGGGGGAGGCCAUGGCGUGCAGUGCCAGCAGCAGUAGAAUAUAGAAACUCAUGCUGCACUGAAUGUUUAGUUUGUUCAAUUAAUCGGUUUUAGAAUCUAUGUAUACAAAUCACGUCAAACUCAGUUCCUGAAGGACGGGGUUUGACAAAAGCCUUAUUCAUUAGAGUCCACUGUUAUCAAGCGCUGCACUGAAAUGCCUACUUUCACAGCAAUGUCAUGUUUUAGGCAGUACAUCCGAGCCAUAUCCGCAGCUGUUUUCCUCCAGAUACUAUUCAACACGUCUGUUGUUUUAUCUUUAUACUGAGGGUCAGGUGAGGAGAAUGUAUGAGGCAGGGGAAACAACUAUUUCCCUAACCGCAACAUAAGUUGGUUACAAAGCUUGUCAAAAUAUGUUGUCCCUGACAUGACCACGAGAUGGAGCUGUAGACCUACUCCAUCUUGCCACAAUGGUAGAGUGAUGGUCUGUUUACAUUUCUAUCUAACAUAACACCUGCACUGUUUUUCUCCAUGUGUAGUGUAAGUUGUGUGUAUUGUUUUAUUUUGUAUGGAUCUGUUCAUAAGAGAUAUACUAGGAGGCACAGAAAACAGACCUGUUGCAUUUCAAUUAUUGACUUAGGUCCAUAACUCACCAGAGGAACCUGUAUGCUUUCUAUGAAGGUAAUGUUACUGUCUCGCCACAGGCGUUUCACCCACUCUUGAAAUGGAUUGAUUCUUUCACAAAUAAAACCUCUCAAGAAUG